CCCCAUGGAGCAGAUACACAAAACAAGUGCAGCAUGAGGACGCUAACUUUAAUAAUGAUCAUCUUUACAAUAACCCAGGUUGGGGCUCAGGAGAUUGGCUCCCCAUUAAACAAGAUACGGCAAAAACGAUCAUGGGUUGUGGACAUAUUUACUAUAAAACGAGGCUUCGUAGGACUCGUCGGAGAUCUGACUUUUUAUGUGAAAAUUGUGGAGUGCAAAAUUUACGGACCAGGCAUUGAUAAGGAACCAGUGGGUCUUUUCACGAUUGCAAAGGAAGAAAAAAAAAUGUAUGUGAAUAGGAACAUGAACUAUGACGACAGAAAAAAUUUCACGCUUAUAUUUGAAUGUGCUAAUCUAAGACAUGUGUACGAAAGGCUUGCAGUGGAAAUUCAGAUAGAGGAGGUGCAUGAGCCGUAUUUUAGUAAGGGUACUUAUGUUAUCAACGCAGAGGAAACAAUGAUGCAAGGUACAAAUUUGUUAACAUUGCAUGCACCCAACGAACAAGUCAGUGCAAAUUUAAUUUUCAAUGUUAAAGUUACCCCAAACCCUCAUAGUGUUAUGUUUGCUAUUAAUGAAAAACGAGAAAUUUCAUUUCAUGGAUGUCUGGAUUACGAGGAAAAUACGAAAUACACUGUAGUGGUUGAAGCAAAAGACCAAGGAUAUGGUAACACACGUUCAAGCACAGCCACAGUGAUAAUCAACGUUAUUGACAAAAAUGACCAAAAACCUAUAAUUACAGGCAAAAGGGGCAGUGGACAGGUAAAGGAAAGAGAAACUGGAGCUGAGGUUUACAGGAUACAGGUGUCAGAUCUGGACACUCCAGGCUCUUCAAGCUGGUUGGCCAAAUUCACACUGUAUGGUGAAAAAGCAGAGAACUUUAAUCUUAAAACAAACCCUGAUAAUAAUGAGGGAAUUUUAUAUGUUGUGAAGCCAUUAGACUUUGAGGAGACCCAGUUUCUGAACCUGACGGUUCAAGUGGAGAACGAAGAGCCAUUCUUUUCCUGUUCAGUUCGGACGAUGUACUACGGUGAUAAACUGUGGGAAGUCGAUUAUUCAAGAAACGGCACGAGCUCCGCAAAGCUUUCCUUCCCCAUCACUGUGAUAAAUGUUAACGAUCCACCAGAGUUUACGGAUCCCGUUAAACAUGUUACCGUCAUGGAAAACACACCACCUGGACGCAGUUUGUGGACAUUCACUGCAACAGAUCAUGACAAAAAUCCACCGAACACACACCGGUUCAUGAAAGGAAGAGAUAUAGAUAACUGGGUAACUAUAGACUCAAGGACAGGCAAAGUUUCCACUGCCAAAGUUUUGGACAGAGAAUCUCAGUUUGUCACGAACAGUACUUACACGGUUAUCUUGCAUGCUGUUGAUGAUGGUACGCCUCCACAGACAGGUACAGGAACACUGAUCAUCCACCUGUUAGAUGAGAAUGAUAACGCUCCAGUCUUGAAGGACAACAAGUUGACUCUUUGCUUGCCAAAACACAUGAUCAACAUCACUGCAGUAGAUCCGGACCUUCCACCUUUCAGCGCGCCGUUUACCUACGAGCUUCAAGGCGACAUGGGAACAUGGAGAAUUGAACCAGCCAUUGGAGAAACUGUAAGUCUUGUCAAAGACAGCAUGGCACCGGGCAGCUCUGAGCUUAUUCUCAAAAUAAUCGACUCCGGAGGGCUUUCCUCAUUACAAAAACUGUCAGUAACUGUACAUAACUGCUCACGUAGUGUCAGUCCAUACCUGAUACGGGCUGGGGCCGCUGGCACCUCUGUCAUAUUUUUAUGCUUUCUCCUGAUGUUAUGCAUCCUACUCAUGAUGUUCACAUGUUCAUGGGGUUCCUACAUGACGACACAACCUUUGAACGAAGAUACAAAUAGUUUUUUACGCCGUUAUAAUGAGGAAGGACCUGGAUGUGAUGUUAAGGUACCAGUACUACAAAGGCCCGUAAAUCCUCCACUUGGUAGCAUACCACGAAAGAACAACAAGAAUUCGCUUCAAUGGUAUAGCGAUCUGAACAUGAUACGGUUAUGGGAAAAUUGGGAAUUAAAUGACAAGUAUUUCUGGCAGCAGAAUGUUAUGAAAAUAAUCAGUGAUGAGUCGCUGAAUCACAUGUGGACACAUGUAAAAACUUUCAUUGAAAAGAAACUGGUGAGUCUUCAUGAACAGGAAAGGGAGCUGAAUCCAGACCUAUAUGAGUCCAGAACCACAAAUGAAAAGCCACACCCAUAUAAUGAUGAGGGUAAGCCUGGGGAGCUGGCUCAGCUGGACAGCAUUACUCCGGCAGACACUCACUUUAGUUUAGAUGAAAAUCUGGGGCCCAAAUUCCAACGACUGGCAGAAAAAUGCAGGCCAGACCUCAUGCAAGAGAGCUAUGAGGGACAAUUCUCAUUAUCUUCAUACCAUUAUCAACAUCAGUCUCAUCAUCAUCAUCAUGUUCGUCCUCUCUAAACCAGGGUCAAAAUGUCAUUGUUUUUGUGGUACAUACAGUGGUACCUCGGCAUACUAAUGCACCGCCUCACUAAUUUUCACCUUAACAAUACAUUUUGCAAGAAUUUUCGCAAGAAAUUUGCCUUAGCAUAUGAAGCAUUUUUGGCAUACGAGCAAACAAACCAAGCUGAAUGGAAUGUUUAAGUUGCUUGUCUGUCCGGGAGCCAUUUAAAACAUGUGUGCGAGCCGAGCAAAGCGAGUUGUGGAUGUUUUUUGUGCAAGAUAUAGCGAAGACAUAGCACUAUUGGCCCCAAGAAUGUUAGCAAGAAUGUUAGCAAGGAUGGUAGCAAGAAGACAACAGAGCCACUUUUUGUUUUGUUUUUAAAGCAGCCGGUGCCACAAGGAAUCAAAAGGUUAAAUGAGGUUUAAUGUCAGUUUAUUUGAUAUUUUACUUCAUUUACAUGUCUUUUUAAAAAUAUUUUUAUAUGCAAAAAUAUGAUUAUUUAGUUGAAAGUUGGUAAUAUCUUUGGGUGGCUGGAAUUAAUUAUUUACAUUUACAUUAUUUUCUGUAAGAAAAUGCACUUCACAACACACAUCUUCGCCUUAAGAACUCGGAUUAAAUUAGUAUGCCGAGGUACCGCUGUAUAUUUAAGCAGUCAGUUCCAGAAUUUUUGGCACCUUUUGUAAAGAUGGGUGCAAAAAGCAUCUUUGUGGUUAAUUAGAUCUUGCAUUUAUUUCUAAUACUGAUUAUAUUACUUGUAAUCCAUUUCAGAUUGAUGGGAGCAAAAUGGCUCACCUUUUACCAAUUUACAUGAGAGCAGGAGAGUCUAUUUAAUUUUUACUUUUGGGUGGUAUGUAGCAAACAAUCCAAGAGAGAUGGAAGGAAGUAGAACAGCAAGAAAUCCAAACUGGACAGAAGAGCAGUGUUUACUUUUAGCGUUAUAUUCAGUGUUUGGAGAAUAUUUCUUAGAAUUUCCUCACUAGGAGCAACUUUUAGGUUUAGGAAGCUUUGUAAAUACGGGCGCUGAAGUCCAACCCUUAUGAAAAAAAUGUAUUCUAAGGAAAACCUAUCAAAAGAAUAAUGAUUUUUUGUAACAUAAUGAGUUGCCAUAAAGUGAGCUGUCAUCCCAUUUGGGAAUAUAAAAAUAAAUAAAUCUCAGGGAACUUGGAGCACAUUCAGGGAACACCAUGGAUGGGAUGCCAACCCAUUGCAGGGCGGAAACACAUACUGUACUCAGACAUCCAAUGAUACAUUAAAGGCAAUUUGGAAACACCUGUGUACAUCACAUGUAUUUGAACUGUGGAGUGUACUGGAUUACCCAGAGGAACCCAGCAAACAUAGGGAGAACCAACAAACUCCAUUCAUGCAGACCAGAGGCAAGUUUCCAACCCUUAACCCUGGAGAUGUGAAGAGCUCAUCCCAACCACUAAGCCACCAAUUGUAUUAAUCUUUAUAAUUAAGCUGUGAUCUUUGGUGGGAGAGGACUUUUUUUUGUCUGUUUCCAAUUUAGUUUAACGGUUUUAAAGUUUACCAGUACUGCUGUGCUAAGUAAGAGUAGUCCAGCAUCAUUUUGUCCUUUGUCUAACUAAUGAGUGUGAUGCAGCAGCACUUUAGUCCUCCAGUCUGUCACGGCCCCUUACCUUCUCGUCUGUGCACUAUGUUCAAAACAGCAUACAGGACAUUACACGCUAAUGAUAUUAGUAUGCUAACAAUAGGCCUUGAAGUAGCUAAGCCAAGUCUCUAUCAUAACUCAGACUAACUGUCUUAUAUUGUAUCUGCACUGCAUAACAGUAUAUGACUUUGAGUCCGGAGUUUGAGCCUUCACUACUUCUAUGCUUGAUUUUUUAUCAAUAAGUUUGAUUAUCACUUGAAAACAAUGAGAGAAAAACUUGAUUCUUUAUAUUUAAUGUACUGUUACUUAACUCAUUAGCACUAAUAAUAAAAAAUGCCCUCCUGUGACAUAUCCAUAGCACAUGACGGCUAACUUCUCACAAGAUUAAUGUAAAUACAGCAACAACCACCACAUUAGCAUGAGAUUAACUAAACAGAUAACAUAUUUCAAUAUAAAUGUAUUGUGUUUGUUUUAGGAUGGAGCUUUUCUUUAAUGUCACUUUUAUGCUACUCUGUUUAAAUAAAUGUUCUACUUGUAUUGUAUUAAAUGUAGAGGUGCACAUUUAUGGCGAAUCUAAUAGCGAUGCUAUAGUAGUGCAGCUAUGUACAUCUCAGCCUGAUCAAAGUUUGUGCAGAACAUUUAUGUUUACAUUUGUCUUUUUCUAUUUGCAUUUGCAUUUCUUUGUCAUUGAAAUGCUUUGGCAGUGGUGUAGCUCAUUUGUUUUGACAAGUGUGCAUUGUAAUGGAAUUAAAAGUGUUGCUUGAAAUUUGUGACUAUAAUAAUGAGGGAUUGAUUUAUAUAAAGAAUA